CACGUAGACCAGCCAGCCUAAUAUCACAAACUCGUCCUUGAAUAACGUCUCGUAUUGAUGUCGCGCGCAAGUAUAUUUUUGACACCGCGCGCGUCACUUCGGCGCGUCCACUUCAGAUGUCGCCCCGUGUACGAUCAGCGGAGAUCUUCGCGGGCACUCGGUGCAAAAGACAACGCGUAGCGCCCGCAGUUACGGUGGCGUAUGAGGGUACGAUGACCCGCUUGUUCGCGCGUUAUGUGCUCGUUCGUCGCGAUUGCGUCGUAGUACGUCAAAGCAGAUAUUCGCUUUAUCGCUUGUACAAAGCGGUAGGGAAGGAGGUGGGAGAACGUAGACGGCCGCUGAGCCACCGCGCAGACUCUUAUUUUGUUCGGCGGGCGAGGGGUGGCCGGAGACGGACGCGCGUUUACGGGGCAUGGCGUGGUGCGCGUUCUAGUAAACAAGUUGUGUGCGAGUCGCGCGGGGAAUCUGCGCCCCGAGUUAAUCGCGAUAUUUAUUCUCCGGCGUGGCCGUCCCGUCGCGCGCCACGACGAGUCGCGUAGCUGUCGUCGUCGUCGUCGCUGCCGCCGCCGCCGCCGCCGCCGCCGCUGCCGCCGUCGUCACCCGUUUGAAACUUUCGUUAUUCUUAAUACGGAGGUUAGGGUAAUAAGCGGAUUAGCUCGGACACAGUGAGCCGAUCGCGGACCGUCCUGUGUGCUAUGAAUACGUGUGUACGCGAGUGUGAGUGUCGCUCGUGUUUGCGGAGGAAAGUGUUGACGGUGUUCACCGGUCCCGGAUCUCUAACGAGGCGACGACUUUCGGUCGUGGCCGAGGAGCGAGGGAGUUGAUGCGUGAUGACUUCGGCACACAUCUUGGAAUCCCCGCCUGGACGCCGCGAUUCGGACGUCAGGCCGUUGUUUGAGCUUCAGCGAGCAGGCGACAACGGCGUUAUAGCGAGCGCGCACUGAUCGCUGCCAAGAUUCCCCGGUCAGCUCGGCGAGGAGCAAGUUUCGAAUUGGCACGCACGCCGAAUUGGCGCGUGUUCCGUGCGCUCAAUGGGAUCGUCUGGAGCGGUGACCUGGCGGUGCCGAUCCUCCAACACCACGGUUGGCUGAUAUCUCGCGUUCCCGCGAGUGAGCGAGCGCGUGCGUACGUGCGUGCGUGCGUACGUGCGUGCGUGCGUGCGGCGUGCGUGCGUGCGCGCGCGCGCUGUCCCUCGCGUGUGACUCUCCGCGUCUACUCUCGUGGCACGCCCACAAAGUCUCCCGUGGACCGCGCGCGCGGUUGCGAGAGGGUCAACGAAGCCGACAAACACGCCUCGGACCACGCCGAGAAGAGAUGCGCGAAAUCUUCGCACGGACGCCGGCUCUAUCGCCACAUUGACGCUCGAACCCUCCACUCGCGCGCGCGCGCGCGAGAGAGACGAAUAGGGAACCAAAGAGAGGCUGGAAGCGAAGGUCCAGUUGCCGUGUCGACGGCGAAGAGAUGCGAGCGGGACGCACCGCUGCUACACCCUUGCACUGAAUUCGUGCGACGUGCCUCGCAGUCGUCUCGUUUCGUUGUGAGAUAGAGAAACGAAGGAAGAGACACACAGAGAGAGAGAGAGAGAGAGAGACAGAGAGAAAGAGAGAGAUUUCGUUCUUUUUUAGAAGGAACAAGCAACAUGAAGUCGGCCGCGUGCUGUACGCGCAAACUUCGCGGCACAGCGACGUUCAACGAGGACGAACCGAGUGCUGUGCCUUCUUCUUCUUCUUCCUCCUUUUCCUGCUCCUCCUCCUCCUCUUCCUCUUCUUCGGAAGCUCGCUCCAACACCUGCCACUGCCAUUGUCCAUGGAGUCGUGGCGCGUUCGAGGACGCACUCGCGUCGCCGUCGUCGACGUCGGCGUCGGUGUGUGAGCGUCUUCGUGACCGAACCGACCGCGAUCUGUUGGACGCGAUACGGACAGAGGACGACCUCGUGUUCGGCCGCCGGCACGGCCGACCGAGGCGGAAACGCGACGGAAACGAUUCGCCGACGAAUCACUCGAAAGCGACUGAUCAAAAGCGCGAUAGAACUACCAAGUGCGAACAAGUUCCGCUCUGCGAAUCUUCCGCGAGAUGUGCUUCGAGCGUCGUGCGGUGGAGUUCCGUGGCGAAAUUCGUAGGCAGAUCGAAGUCGUGGAGAAGACUCUUCGCGAUCAUCUUCCUGAUACUCGCGUUACCCGGCCUUGUAGCGGCGCAAAGACGCACCGCCAUCGGUCCCUCCAAGAAAGACGGAGUGUGCCAAAGUAUAGACAUAAGGAAUAGCGUGGAUCAAUUUUCAAAACUGGAAGGAUGUCGAGUGGUCGAGGGCUUCGUGCAAAUUCUCUUGCUCUACAAUGCGAACCACACGGCCUACGCCAACAUCAGUUUUCCCGAACUAGUGGAGAUCACCGGAUAUCUUUUUUUGUACAGAGUGAACGGAUUGAGGAGCAUCGGCCAUCUGUUUCCAAACCUGACGAUCAUUCGCGGGCAUUCUCUUUUUAUCAAUUACGCCUUGGUGGCAUUCGAGGUGAUGCAGCUGCAGGAGAUCGGUCUCCACUCGCUGACCAACAUACUGCGUGGGUCCGUGCGAUUCGAAAAGAACCCAUCACUGUGUUAUGCCGAUACCAUCGACUGGAACAUCAUCGCCAAAGCCGGCAAGGGAGAGCACGUCAUAUCAGGUAACAAACUAACGAACGGAUGUCCGGUGUGCGAAAAAAGCUGUCCGGGAAAGCCAACCAAACCCGACGAGACCAUGUGCUGGAAUCGACAACACUGCCAACGAAUAUGCGACAAGUGCGGGGACGGCGCCUGUGACGAUACGGGAACGUGCUGUCAUCCUUUCUGCUUGGGGGGAUGCACAGGACCGACAGCCAAAGACUGUAAAGCGUGCAAGAAUUUGUUGGUGAAUGGUAAUGAGUGCAUGGAUCGUUGCCCGAACGGCACCUACGAGUUCAUGAACCGACGUUGCGUCGAGGAGCAGGAGUGUCGUGAGCUGUUGAAGCCGCGCGAAGCGUUAGACAGUGUCCAGAAUUGUCCGUACAAGCCGUUCAACGGUAGCUGUGUGAUCGAGUGCCCGGCCGGUUACAUGGACGUCGGAAUCGGCAAAAAAAUGUCCUGCAAGAAGUGCGAGGGUCCAUGUCUUAAGGAGUGUUCCGCCACGAACGUGGACAGCAUCUCUUCCGCGCAAAAGCUCCGCGGGUGCACGCACAUCAAGGGCAGCCUGGAGAUACAGAUACGCGGCGGGAAGAGCAUUGUGAAGGAGCUCGAGGAAAGUUUGAGCAUGAUCGAGGAGAUAGACGGCUAUCUGAAGAUCGUCAGAAGUUUCCCGCUGAUAUCCUUCAACUUUCUCAAAAGGCUACGCAUAAUACGCGGUAACGUCCUCGAGAACGGCAAAUACACUCUCUCCGUGUUCGAUAAUCAAAAUCUUCAGGAGCUCUGGGACUGGAGCACACAUAAGAACAUCACCAUCUUGUCUAAAGCGGGUCCCCCCAAGAUCUUCUUUCAUUUUAACCCGAAACUAUGUCUGUACAAGAUCGAAACGUUGCGCGAGAAAGCCAAGCUGGACGAGUUCACCGAUUAUGACGUGGCGCCUGAUAGCAACGGGGACAAGAUCGCCUGCAACAUCACCGAGCUGAAGACCAGGGUCGUCAAGAAAACUUCUAGAGGUGCGAUUAUCGAAUGGGAAGCCUUUAUGCAUCAUGACACGAGGUCCCUUUUGGGAUACGUCGUUUACUUUAUCGAAGCGCCUAGGACAAACGUCAAGAUGUACGAUGGUCGCGAUGCUUGCGGCGGCGACGGCUGGAGGGUCGAAGACGUUUCCGCCGAGAUGCCGACGGCUUACAACAACACGAUACCACAAAAGUCUUUUGUUCUCACUCACAUAUUGACCCAGCUGAAGCCGUAUACUCAGUACGCUUACUACGUCAAGACUUACACCAUAGCCACGGAGAGAUCUGGUGCGCAGAGCAUGGUCAAGUAUUUCACGACUCUACCGGACAUACCUAGCUCGCCCAGGGCCUUAUCAACCUACAGCAACUCUAGCAGCGAAUUGGUCAUGUCCUGGUUACCGCCGCUCCACAAAAAUGGAAAUCUGACGCAUUAUCGAAUAAUCGGUCGCUGGGAGCCCGAUGACCCGAACUUCAUCGACCAGAGGAACUACUGUGACGAACCUAUGUUAUUACCCGAGAAAAAACCAAUGUCCGUCAUGGUGGAAGAAGAGAAGAAGCGUGCCGAAGAAGAGAGGGAUCAGUCGACAAAACAGUUCGAUAUAGGUUCUUGCGACUGUGCGGAUCGCGAGAUGGAUCAGUCGAUGCGUGAGAAAGAAGUUUCCAGUUCGAUCGCCUUUGAGAAUGCUUUACACAAUCAAGUCUACGUGAAACGAAAUGUAAACGUGAACGUGCGUAGAAGACGCGACGUUCUGGAAACAUUGCAACAAUACGGAGAUUCUAAUAACAACCAGGACGAAGAAGGCAGUAAUAAUAAAAUCGAAAAUGGUACAUACACAGCGUUCGAGGUAUUAGUACCGAGUACAAAUCUUACAUACGCUAUGAAGAAUCUCCGGCACUUCGCUGCGUAUGAUAUCGAAGUUCAAGCCUGCAGGAAACAGGUCAAUGAGACGGAUAUAAAAAAUUGUUCGACGAAGAGCAUGAAAACGUAUCGAACGUUGGCUAUGGAAAGUGCAGAUAAUAUUCCACCGAAUACUUUUCGACUGAGUAUCUCCGGAGAGAAUAACAGUCUCACCAUUGUCAAAUUGUAUUGGGACGAGCCACCUCAACCCAAUGGCCUAAUUGUCACAUACCAAAUCGAAUAUAAAAGAAUAGACAUAAAAAAUAUAAAGCCAACAGUGGUGUGCAUUACAAGACGCGAUUUUACCAAUGCGGCUAACUCGUACCUCUUGAAAGACCUUCCCGCUGGAAAUUAUUCUGUAAAAGUUCGAGCUACGAGCUUAGCUGGGAAUGGCGCGUAUACCGAACUAAAAUAUUUUUAUAUAGAGGAAUACGGCACGCUCAGUACAUUCUGGAUUUUGUUCUUGUCAUUUUCUUUCAUCAUCAUAAUUUUAGUUUUCAUGGGGGCGUUUCACGUGUGUAGAAGAAAAUUAUCGGGAAAUGCUAGUAUAAUUAUCGCGACGGUGAAUCCGGAAUACGUGAGCACCGUAUACGUGCAGGACGAUUGGGAAGUGUCCAGAAAGAAUAUCGAGUUGUUACGGGAAUUAGGAAAUGGUUCUUUCGGUAUGGUAUACGAGGGAGUGGCGAGGGAAUGGCGAGGGAGGGAUGUUGUGAAGAGCAAACCGGAAGUACGAUGCGCCGUGAAGACUGUAAAUGAAAAUGCGACCGAUCGUCAACGCAUAGAAUUUCUCAACGAGGCCUCUGUAAUGAAGGCUUUCAAUACACAUCAUGUGAUUAAAUUGCUGGGUGUAGUAUCACAAGGUCAACCUACACUGGUAGUUAUGGAGCUCAUGGUGAAUGGUGAUCUAAAGACAUAUUUGAGGAGCCAUCGGCCGGAUGUUUGCGAGAAUUUUUCCAGACAACCGCCGACGUUGAAGAGAAUUAUACAAAUGGCGGUCGAAAUCGCGGACGGUAUGGCUUAUCUCGCUGCGAAAAAAUUCGUUCACAGAGAUUUGGCUGCGCGCAAUUGUAUGGUAGCUGAGGACCUCACCGUGAAAAUCGGCGAUUUUGGGAUGACGAGAGACAUAUACGAAACCGAUUACUAUAGGAAAGGAACCAAGGGACUUCUACCUGUCCGAUGGAUGGCACCGGAAAGUUUGAAAGACGGUGUAUUCACCAGUUUUUCGGACGUGUGGAGCUAUGGAGUUGUUUUGUGGGAAAUGGUAACACUGGCUUCGCAACCGUAUCAGGGCUUGUCAAACGAUCAGGUGUUGCGUUAUGUGAUAGAAGGAGGAGUCAUGGAACGACCAGAAAAUUGUCCUGAUUCACUAUACAACUUGAUGAGGUGCACUUGGAGCUAUAAAGCCACGAGAAGACCUACCUUCAUAGACAUCGCAACGAUGUUACUGCAAGAAGUUAAUAUAGAGGCCUUUGAGAGGGUUAGCUUUUACCACAGUCCAGAAGGAAUCGAAGCUCGAAAUCAAAAUAGUUCGCAUUCACCGCAAAAUGACAAAGACUUAGAAAUGGCCGCUCUACAAGAUUUGCGAGAGGAAGAAAUCGAAGGCGAAGAAGAUUCGCCGCUACGUCAGGAUUUUGGCGAUUUCGCAAGUUUUGAGUCUACCAGUAUUAAAAACAACACGAGCCCGCGAUAUAUAAACGCGUACAGUGAAAAUCCGAAAGCCCUUUCCACUUUCCAUGACAUGAACUCGUCGAAGGUACCUCUUAAAGCUGGAUUCGACGAUUUCGAUGGCGUCUCCGGAGAUUCGCUUGCAUCUAGUAAGGACACGUUGAACGUGCCUUUUGUAGAAGACAGCCUUAAAUCGGUCAAGAGUUCGCCUUUUAUACAAAACAAAAAUACAUCUCGCAGUAACGUAAGUCAUGUUUCUCUGGGAAAGUCCGGGAGUCCUCAGAGUUUAGUCAAGAGAAACUUUCUCGAUAGUCCAAAUCCCUCGUGUAAACCCCGCGGUAAUCCCGAUUACGAAAAUCGAAGUCCUGAAAUUAUGUUGGUCCACGAGAAGAUGGAGAUCACCUCGUCACACGUGAAUUUUCCGUCUAUGGACGCUAUAGAUAUUGAUAUUAACGGUGACAAAAGUGAAAGCAAGAGCAUGGGCGAGUAUGUGAACAAGCCGGAAACAUUGAAUAACGGUUACAUAGGUAACACCACCACGUAGCUUCGUCGAUAUCCCAACAUUAAUCGGCGUCCUAUGUGGAACACACGUAUGAGACAACUUGAAAAUUGAUUAUUCUCGGAGAAAAUCGACACGAAUAUUUCAGCAAAAAGGCAGUGUCUGUGCCAAAUUAAUAAGCACAUUGGGUCGCAGUUUCGAGAGAAUCGCAUUGGGAACAGUGGUUUACGUAUAUGAAAGGCUGCGUUUUGAGAUUCCUCUUGUGUGCGUGAAGCACCGCUCAAUGUGCUUCUUUUAGACUAACAUAAGUUGUACUCAUAAGUUUACAUUUUAAAUCUCUAGACAUAACUAAGCAGGUCCUAACAAGCAAGUGAAGUUUUCUUAUACGGGUGUUACCAUGUCUUAAUUCCGUCUCUCUAAAUGUAACUAAAUAUUGCUACGCGUGUACAGCUAAUUAUAUAUUUGUUGCGCUGAGAUGUAUGUCGGAGAGAAAGAGCGAAUAUAUUUAUAUCAGAUACUGUCUUUUUGAAGCUAUCGUUGUAACAUACGUUAAUAUGAGAAAUUUAGCCUUAGCUAAAAACACCGUUAUUGUGGAGUCACACGGAGCUCCAGUUUAAGCCAAACGUCUCAAUUCGAAAUUGGGCUAUACGAAAGAAAAUUGCGGAUAUCUUUCCGGUGACGGCAGCGCCAUGCUGAGAUAUUCGCUGACAAAUGUAUGGCAGCCCAUCUCCCCAUUAACUAUUUAGCAUGUAAGCAUGUAUCAAAGAAUUGAGCAGGUUGAUUAUUUGUAUCAUAGGAUUUUUGUUUAAUUUUCAGUCGCAAGGUACGCUAGUUUCUAAUGCUAUAAGUACUAUAUAUUUGUAUAGCAUCGGUUUAUUUUCCGACUUUUAAUAAUAAGUAUAGCGAGACAAAAUGGCGAUUGGGUUAAUUGUUGUGUUGGUAUGAUAUUUUGUUUGCAGAAAGAAAGAGAGAGAGAGGGAAAGAGAGAAAGAGAAAGAUAACGCAUUUUAUAAAUUAUAUAAAGUAUAUAUAAAAUGUGAAUUUGCGCCUGGUCGCCACUUUGUACGAUUUUAGGCUUUGAACUCGUACAAUAGCAUAGAUUCGAUAUAUUUGUUGGAAAAUAUAUAUAUAUAUACACACAAAUAUAGAGAAGGUGAUUCAGAAUAUAUAAGUCAACUUAGCAAAUAUAUAUAUAUAUAUAUGUAUAUAUAUGUAUAUAUAUAUAUGUAUAUAUAUGUAUAUAUAUAUAUAUAUAUAUAUAUAUAUAUAUAUAUGUGUGUGUGUGUGUGUGUACACACAUAUACAUAUAUCGCGCGUUCUUCUGAUUUACAAAUUUCUAUUAUAUUUAUGUUUUUUUUAUAUUGUUUUAAUGUUUUUGACUUUAUUAUAUUGGUUGAUCUAAGGUUCUGAAUCCACCAAUCGCUCGAUGUAUAACAGGAGAAUUAGAGAGUAAGGAUCUCUUCAAGUUGAAAGCCUCAGUAACGAAAAAACGGUUGCGGUGCAAAGAGUUUAUAUGAAAACACACUUUGUUAUCGUACAAUUGUGGCACAGAUUACUAAAUGAGGCCGAUUAGUAUUUACAGCUUUAUCAUUUUCGAUAUCGACGUGAUAAUGUCUUAAUCCCGAAACUGUCAAGUAUCGCUAAAAGAUUUAAUAAUGUUAAUUUGAACGGCGCCCUACUCUCGUUUCUCAUUCUGUCUAUCUAGACAAUAUAGCGAAUGUAGACAUCCAACAAAGCAAACCAACACGAAACAAAACUAUACCGUGUGUCUGAGAAGUUUCGGGACCGAGCGAGUAAAAAAUCUUAAUAUAAUCUACGAAAGAAACUUCAUAUCCGUGUAAUCCCCACUAAACCUUCGAACACUGCAUUAAUGUUUCUCCAGCGAGCAUCAAAUAACUUUGUCAAAAAUUUCUCGUAUUAUCAUCGACUCUGUCCCGAGACUUUUCCAGCUUUUAUCUUGUACAUACGACAUAGGCUACGCGUCUAUGUAACGAUACUAUUUCGUGGAGCCGGCAUAUGAAACCAUCGCCUCCGUCAGCGUCUUCCAAGCAGGACGCGUUCCUCACUAAUGAUAGCUACCACAUCUUUUUUGAUCGAGAGUCAAUGUAUUUAUCCUGUAAGGAUCCACAAGCCGUGCAAUUCGCAGUCAUGAGUCAUGAUGAAUUUCCAUAUCGUGCAAUAGUGUCGUCCGUGUUAAGCUUAUCGCUCCGCAAAUGGGACUGUUCGCAGCAGCUCACACGUUCAUCCGCGCAAGAUACAUCCGUUCCGCCCCGGGCGGUCCGUUUCUGCGUCGCUCCACGAAAUAGCUGAAAUUCAGAGGCAUACCACGUGCUUUUGAGUAGACGAGAGAACGUAGACUGUCUUAGCCCGGUGAGAAAACAAGAUCGAUUGCGACGGACGGAAAGACCCGUUGAAUAGCCUCGUGCAUUCGUUGCAAUUGUGAGAUAAUUAAUAUCGGACGCGCGAGUCCUAAUACGGAACAAGCUAUGGGAAGAGAAUUUAUACGAGCAACGCAAUGCAAUGCAGUUGAGUCUAGACAUAACGAGCCUCUAACACAAGACUGAUUAGCUAAUCCCACUGUACAUCCGUAAUCUCUCAGUAAGUUAAAGAUACAAGACAAAAUGGUAGAAGUUCCACAUCGUUUCCAUAUCCACAAACGACUCUCCCCGCCCGCCCACCUAUCCUCUGCCCUCGUCCCCUCUGUUUUAUUAUACUGUUUGUUUCGCCAUACGUCCGCUCGAAGGUAUAUACUUAGUCCAUCUCGAUAUUUAUUUAACGCGAUCUGUAGUUGCCUCUUCGUUCCUACAACGUCGCGUUCAUUAUCGCCGUGCCACUUUGGUUCGUCGCCGCUUUUAUCGGGACAGAUACGUGUGAUAGAAUAUACAAUAUACAUGCUAGAACUGUCCUAAGCUGUUUGACGUUGAUCCUUCUUUAAUGCGCUUCUCUGAAAUAACGUUCUUGGUUGGAAAGGUUCAAAUUAAACGUGUAAUAUAUAUGUACAUAUAUAUUACAGUCAAUUAAGGCCCGCGUCGAAUAUCCAUUAAAGUCCAGAAAUGUUAGACACUUUAUCGUCCAUUUACUUUGCCGAGGAAUUUGACUCACGCGAACCCCAGUCUCUUUCUCACCCGAGUCUCCGUGGAGAUCAUCUCGCUGAGGAAAGAGCCAAAUCCGAAAUCGUGGAAUUUUUUCACUAAGGGAAUAACGCGUUAUAGUCCCAAGGCACACCGUGUAUAUCAACGACUAAAGUACCAGUGACCUAAUAGCAAGUACCUACUCUAUAUUCGUAAUGUUUUACAUGUAUCGUACGUCAAGUAAGUCGCGAUAUCACAGAUUGUAUCUACAGACGAUGCGGAGGAGGGAACAUGUGAUGAAUUAAUAAUAUGUAAAAAUAAAAUUCAUUUUGUGCGACGAACAUCGGGACGCGUCAUCGCUGUCGUGAAUUCGGUUGCCCUGUUUUUUUGGCACUCCGACACUCUUUUUUUUUUUUCCUCGUAAAGCACACCGUUUCAUUCUUUCUCUCAGCUGUCACUCCACAGCUAUCCUGAACUGACGGUCACGCGGUUGCCUGUUUCUUUUCUCAUACGCAAAAAUUCUCCGUUUGCUACCAACGUGCCAACGAACUAAGCGAAUAAACGUUAAUCUGCUAGAAUACUAUUACCUCCGAUCGAGCGAUUCGUGUAAUCUUUAUUCUACCACCUGAGUCAUCGACCGAGUGUUGUCGGACCACGUCGCGAUUGUGUACUUACGGUCUCGGACUCACGAUGAAUCUUUUUUUCUGUUUUUAUUUUUUUUUUUCUCGUCCUUUGCAGCUCCCGCGACUUUUCAUUUAACAUGGACGAUCUGUUUCCCUUCCUCUCCUCGAAGUUCUUUGAACGCGGAACGCGUGCGAGACACGCGUUUGGAAAGGACGAAAGGCGGUUUUACGGCAGAUCAAGAUGUACGUUGUGAACGCGUUUGAUCUUCGGAAAUCAAGCAGAAAAAGGAACACGAUUGACGACAGAUUAAAUCAUCAGUCGCCACGGCUGAUGUAUCAUAAAAAUAAUGAUAAUAGUAAUAAUAAUAAUAAUAAGCCUCGCUCGUAUUCCGUAUAUUUAGUAUAACGAAUGAACAGUUAUAAAACGCUUAGACCAUGUCGCGUACUAUGUACGAAGUAAGGUAUCGUAAGGUUAAUACGAAAUGUUUCCUAUAUGGCCGCGAGUCUCCGUAUUGUGUAAGGAAAACGGCGCGCGAUCGCUGGAUUAGGCCUAUAGUUUGAGGUAUAGCUCUGUAAUAUAUUAGAUUAAACUGGGAUUAAGGUAGCAUGUAAUUGUGUCUGAAAAAAUUGUGCAACUAUAAAAGCGCAAGAGAAGAAGAGUGUGCCUGUUGACGCAUGUGUCGAUCAAUUUAGAAAGUGUGUGAGAUUGGAUGUUCUCGUUUGUUGUAAUGUAAAAUGUAAUGUAAAUCGUAAGGCGGACAUACACGGGUGGAAGGCCGAGCGCCGGGAUCAAUGUACAUCUGUAUCAACGAUAGGGAAGAUCGAGGAAUAACAGGGACAUGACAGGGAGAAUGUUAUUUUCCGUCGUCGACUCACGCACGGAUUUAAAGCGUGCGUGCGUGCGCGCGCGCGAGUAAAUUCAACCAACUUUCCGUUCGCUCCGAUCAUCCUUCCUGAGACUGAAGCGUAACUCGUUCGUUGCAAACGUCGCGAAAAGCGUCGACGCGAUUAUUCCAUCGAUCCAUAAUAUAUUUAUUUGUAUUUAUUCGAAAUGAGACACACACACACACACACACACACACACACACAGAUGACUCUUUUUUAGGACAACCGCAACUCGAGAAGUUGCUAACUCAUUGGUCAAUGUUGAUAAAUCUUUUGCACUUGAGCAAAUAUACGAGCGUUACGGUGAUUCUCAAUCCCUGCUGCAAUUGAUAUAUCACGCCCUUCAUACUUCGUGAACGUUUUUUCCCCGGAGUAAACUCGAUUUGUAUUGGUUUCAUGUUGAAUUUCUCACAGGCCGAUAUUUUCCCCACUAUUCUUUCCUCAUCGAAGGUAAACUUUUGCCGCUUACGCCCGCUAUAAAAUUCUCCAAAACGGAAGCCAUCGUGCGAGGCCUCGUCUUUCUUCUUUUCAAAUUAUAACAACUUUGAGUAACAUUGUCCCACAUUUUCUACGCGGCUCCCGUUCAUCUUAAAUUUUGUUCGUAGAUACACUGAAAAAAGAUACUUAACAAUUUUUAUCUGUGGGAUGUAAAGUUUAUUUCUUUGCGAAUAAAUUUUAUAUGCCACGAAUAAAAAUUUAUUUUCACAAAUCAGAUUUUCAUUUCUUUCCUCUUAGAGCUUCCCUUGUUACGAUUGUUGUAUUUAAAAACAAAGUUGAUAGACAAAAUUCCCGAAACCGCAUCGCGCAUGUAUAUCACACUCUCUCGCUAUGCUGUUCUUGAGAUUCUUUCGUUAUAUUCUUUUGUACGCCGCAUUAUAUGCGCAAGUACAUCAUCCAGACAGACUAUUUAUUUUCCGUCAGUGUUCAAACAGACUUACCGUUUCUCGCGAUAGAUGUUACUCAACUAUGCAACCGCUCAAUACUGCAUUGCUCAAGCCCCGUAUCAGUCUAACAGUACCGACAGCACCGUGAAAAACGAACGAAACGUUAUGAAUCCUGCAUUAUUUUAUAUCGCAUUCAAGAUACAGGCAGUCAAGGUCUUUUCAGUUCGACGGAAAAUGAAGAAAAUGCUUCUAUACUUUCCAUAUCUUUCAUGUUUUCCUUUUACUUUUGCACGGUCAUAAACUUACGAGAAAUUUAGGCCGCGUUACAACUACGCGAUACCCGUUCCAAGCUGAGUCUCUUUAGUUUUACCGGGAAUGCACUCGCUCUUUUAAGUGCGGGUACAUUUCUUUUUUUUUUUUUUGUAUGUAUUCUCCGUAAUUCAAAUUAUACAACGGGAAUGUACUUUCUCUCUGUGUAUGCCCGAGCUGUGUUAAAACUUUACAGAUGACUUCAUCGUAAAUAUUAGUCACAUUUACAAAAUAGAAAUGUUCUCUCGCGUUAAAACGUAAAUUUAUAAUAUAACAGAAAAUAUUUUGAUAAAACGAACCCGUAUAUCUCUUCGAUUUCUCGUGUUUUGACAGAGGAAAUGUAAUCUGCACGCAGUGACACUUUAUUCUGCUGCGCACGCGCGUGUACAAAUGGACAAAUAUGAAUAAUAUAUUAUUAAUUUUA